AUGGUCAAGUACGCCAUCGCUGCUGCCUUUGCCUUUGUGACUUCCGCGCACGCUGGCACUGUUCUAUGGAAUGGUUUCUUCAACUCGUCUUUCACUGUCGCGGACUUCGACAAGUGGUCUUUCUCAAACGAGAUACAACCUUGGCAAUGGUACAUUCAUGGCCCUGGCGCGACGUCUGAGUACCUAGCGGUCUCGGCCGACUACAAGAAUCCCGCGGACACUAGCGAAGCCCAAGGAAUUAAGACUACUAUCGAUGGUACAUCGUUCUGGAACGGUCAGACCAUGGAGCGCACGGAGAUCAUACCCCAGACCUCAGCUAACCUCGGCACUGGUCAUCUCUACUACCACUUCUCCCUCAAAACUUCCGAUGUGAACCCACCGAACGCGGGCUAUGAGCACCAGAUCGCCUUCUUCGAGAGUCACUUCACCGAGCUGAAGUACGGCCUCAUCUCCGGGGAAGCCGGCACGACCGACAACGCCCUCCGCUGGGACAUCAACUCGCAGACGCAAUGGUCGCAGCCGCUCGUUCCCAACGUCUGGAUGAACUUCGCAUACGACAUCGACUUCUCCGCCGGCACCGUCGCGCUCUGGUACUCGGAAGGCUCCGACCCGCUCACCCAGGUCCACGCACCCGUCUCGACCUCGCCCUCGACCAACUCGGCCGACUGGCACAUCGGCGUGCUCAGGCUGCCCAACGGCGGCACCUCCGCCGCCGCGGAGGACUACUACUGGUCCGGCAUCUACGUCGAAAGCGGAAGCCUGACGACGAGCCCGGCGGGCCCGAACGCGGGCACGGCGCCGUCCGGCCCUUCGUCGUCCUCGUCGUCGGCAUCUGCCACGUCGUCGGCCCCGGCCUCGUCUUCGUCCGCUACGACGGUCUCGACUACAAGUUCGGCGCCUACCGCCACGGGCAGCCCCGUUGCCCAUUAUGGCCAAUGUGGUGGCAUCGGUACGUCGUACGUUCAUGUUCGUCUUGCGCUCGCGGUUGCUGAAGAGCUUUUGCAUCCACAGGCUACACCGGCAGCACGGUUUGCGCAUCCGGAACGACAUGCACAGUCUUGA